AUGGAUUCGGGCGACACGCAGCAUCUCUUUAAAGAGACGCGUUUGAACCUCGAGCCUCCCGCCGCGGCGUCCGUCGUCACGAUCCGCGUGCCGUCUCUAUCUGGCAGUAGCAGCGCGCGCAACAGCAGCAAGACCGAUGGCGCGGCCGAGGACGAGACGGCCUUUCGCCGCAGGAACCUGGCGACGUCGACGUCCAUCUACCACCGCGAGUGGCACGACACGCCGCGCAACUUUCUCUGGCGCGUCCUCGAGGACGGCCACCUGCUGAGCGUGCGUGCCGCCGACGUCUGCCGCCACGGCAGGGCCGCCGAUGCCCCGCUCGUCCUCGACUUUCACUUUGCGGUGCCCAUCCAGCCGGGCUGCGUCGCCCUCGCCGACCCGCAGGAGCACGAUGCGCUCUGCCUCUUCGUCCUCGACACCUCAUCGCAUCUCUACACGUUUACGCUGCGGCCCGACCACUUCCGCAAGCGGACGGCCGUCGACGCGGGCCUAUCCGACCUGGCCAAGGUGCAGGCCCCGGCGGGCUUGGGCUUCAAGUACCCGCAUCGCAUGGUGGCCGUGUCGGCCAAUACUCUGCUGGUGACGGUCAACGAUGGCGGCAUGAUUCGUCUGGACAGGAAUCAAGGCGAUGAUGGCGGGGUCUGGAAGGAGACUUUUUUCAACGUUCAAGGAUGGAAGCAAAAUCUCCGAAGCUUGCUGCCUUUCCAGGGCAACCACACAAUCCGAUACGGCCGCACCAGCAUGGAAUAUAGCGCUGCCACUGCCGUCCAGGUGACGGAUCUGGGGCUGGAUGGCUGCCUGUUUGCGAUUACCGUUUGUCUCGACCAUCGCAUCCGCAUAUGGAACAUCCAGGAUGGACAAAUCUUAUUCACAGGAGAUUUGCUUGGUGCUGAUAGAACGCCACAGGAGAUUGGCAAAUGGACUCUGGAUCCUUCUCACACCAACCUUGUACAGCUGGUUGGACGCAGCGCGGGACAGAGAAUAUGUGCCACAUACUCACCCAUCGGGCCGGGCGAAUUCAAGUUUUGGAAGAUCGUUGCUAAAGGGCCUCAUACGCUUACCUUGGAGGACCUUUUCCCCAAACUUACCCUCAUCCCCGAGACGCCUUCAUCGUCAGAUAUAUGGACACUGGCGGACUUUGUGCUUACAUCGCCCGAGGAUGGCAGUAUCAGCCUUUGGACAUUAUGGAAGAACAACAUGACUUAUCGAGUUCAGCGGCUUGACCUGGAUAGAACAAACAUGUCGCAGGUCUGGCAGCGGGGCUGGGAAGGCGUUCAUUCGGAGACUGGCUUGUUGACUGCUGAAACUUCUGGGCCCUGGGACCCCCAAGAUGUCACGGAAAAGUGGCUGCAAUUAAUUCUCAAGCCCGGAAGGUUCACAAAAGCCACACUCGAAGUGGCUCUCUCCAUCUACGAGCGCGGUCUUGGCAAGGCCAGAGAAGGAAACAAGGGACGUGGUCUGGCCGAAUCUAUUUGCUCAGUGCUCGGUGCUGCGGCAUCGUUGGAGAGGGGUGCUGCUGGUGCCAUGGACUAUGAGCAGUUCAGAUCGUCGAGCGAAAGUCAGUGGCGCCGUUUCUACAGACUGCUUAUCGAAUUGGAUAAGCAACGCGGCGAAGCCAUCAGCCUGGCUUUCGAUCCCGAGUCUGAUAUUGCCUGGGUUGUCUGCGCCGAUCUCGUUUCCGCUAUAAGAGAGUGCAGCGAUUUGGAGCGCAUUUACCACAACCUCAACACCCCUGAGCAGGACAGGCAACAAGAAGCAGCCCUCAUCAACUCGGCGCUGUCGUUUGUCGAUGGAUUCUCGGACAGCUAUCUCCAGCUCUGCAACGCUGCCCUUCGACCAGAACUGUUUGAACAGUCCCAGAAGACGGAUCUGGAGCGCAUCCAGUAUUUCUCCGACAAGGCUGGAUUCUGGAGAGGCAUCACCGACGAGGACUGCACGCAAAUCGUCGACGUUCUUGGUCCAAACUUCAAUGUGGUCACAGAUGGUCUAUACAGUGAGGUUCUCGAUCUAUUCACAACCCCUGUCGCGAUGAGGAGCCGGAAGCUUAACAAUCCCGUCACCGAAUUUGGCCGAAAGCUGCUCAUGGCUGCCACACAAGACUGCUUGACGAUGCAAUGGAACGUGUGCUUCAGCCAGCUCAUCCUUCUUGUUCAUAUGGAGUUUGAGUUUGACAACGAGGAAGAUGCUCUUCACCACCGUGUAGAUGUCGGCAACGUGUUCCGAAGCUUAGUCGCUGCUCUACGCCGCUUAGCGCUGCUGAGGCACCUGUCUCAAACAGAGCUGUCUGUGCCUCUGUUCAAGCCAGAGAAGGGUGUCUCGCCCAAGAAGAGCGGCGAUGAGACGCAGGUUGUCACAGCGCUCGAAGCCAACGUUGGCCACCUGCUUGGUUUCAACAGCAAGAAUGAGGUUCUCAGCAAGAGCAUCACCGAGAUGGUGGCCUCCCUGUGCGCCUCGGAUAGCGAUAUCGAAGUCUCGCCGGCUCUGAUCCAGUGCUCGCUCAUUAAGAGGCAACGGGCCGAUCUGGCUAGCGCCAUGACCCCAUACUGCAACGAAGAUCCAUUUUCAGUAUAUGUCCAGGGUCGUGUCCAUCUGGCCCUAAAGGACUAUAGCAAUGCCGCACACUGCUUUAGAAAGGCUGCCGUCGGAAUGAGUAACGAACAUGCCGCACUUGAUCGCCACAGCAGUGGCCUGCUCGACGAAACCGAAUGGGCGCUACUCAACAGCGGUCUGCCCCGCUACUACUCGCACAUUGUGGCUCUCUACGAUAGCGAAAAGGCUUACUCGUACGUCGUCGAGUUUGCACGCCUGGCAAUGCAAUUUACCUCUGCACGUCCCGACGGCGGCUCGGUCAAAGCCGAGAUGCUCACGCGGCAAUUUAGCGCUUCGCUCGCCACCUGCCAGUUUGAGCUUGCCCACACCACUCUCCUCUCCAUCAAGGACCAGGCGCUCCGCUCCUCGAGCCUGCGCCUCCUCGUCGACAAGAUGUGCGAGACUGGCCAUAACAGCGAGCUCGUGGCGCUGCCCUUUCCCGGCUUGCAGCAAGAGGUGGACGAGUUCCUGGCCAAGCGCUGCCGCCACGCCAUCGACGUGGCGCACGGCAGCGGCGGCGCGCACUACCACCAGGUUCUGUACGCGUGGCGCAUCAAGCGUCAGAACAUGCGCGGCGCCGCGUGGGUGCUCCUCGACCGCAUCCAGAAGCUCAAGCUCGCGGGCGAGGCGGACAGGAUCACCGGCGACGACGUGCUUGACACGCCCGUGACGCGGCAGUACCUGCUGCUGAUCAACGCUCUGAGCUGCGUCGACCCCAAGCAGGCCUGGGUCUUUGACGAGGGCGUCGUGGGCGCCACCGACGAGGCCACGGGGCUGCCGCAGAAGCGCACCGUCGUCUCGCUGGCGGACGUGCGCAAGCAGUACCAGGAUGAACUGGACAGGAUCGCGGCGAUUCAGAAUAACCAGUUUGGAUUCUCGGCGGACGAUGUCAUGGAUCUUGCAUAA